CGUCACCAUAUUCCAGCUGCGCUAAAUCACGCACGAACUUAAAACACAAUGCUAUGAUAACAAUAACAAGAAUACGAAAUGUUCGCGGUAAAAAAAUCAGUGCUUAUCGCGUUACUAUUGGAGAGCAUUGUCGUCUCACUUCAUGCGAGAGUAAUACAAGAAGAAACAUCGUCGGAUUCGUGUCCACCUCCUCAAUUAGCCUUCAACGGUACGGAAACCGAACAGGGAGAAAUUCGAAUUCGCAAGGAUUACACGCACAUCCGCGAAGUGAAAUUUUCCGGUUCGAUAGGUCCCCUUGGUGAAAAGCGUCUCUGCAAAAUCAAAUGUAUCGGAGGUCAAUGGGUCGGCCCUCUCUGCGUCGAUAAUCACGAUAAUGGCAGGUUUCAUCCGCUUUUCAGGAGCUGCAAGCUGGAAUACAUCAAUCCGCACCUGGUGGUGACCUUCAGAAACGUCUCGAUUCAAACCGCCGGAUGGGUGUUUCCCCACGAGGCCAAACUUCAGAUAAGAUGUCGUGAAUUGGGACUGUACAAGCUCCUGGGGACGGCGUCACCGCGAUGCCAAAACGGCGUUUGGUCGGCGAGACUGCCGUCAUGUGUGCCCACAACGCUCCUCACCAAUUUCACAGAGGACGCUCCUCCGACUCUUCUAAUCAGGAUACCAUCGGGUUCGGCCUCCGUCGAACCCGGAGGGGAAUUGGCGGUGUUCCCUGGAUCGACUGUGCACCUGGAAUGUCUCUUUUCCCGUCGACUUGGCUCACCAGAUUGGACUUGGACGUCUCCCCUGGGACAAUAUCUCACCGGUUGGGCAAUAGCGGCAGAAGAGCGUGAUUGGAAGUAUAGAUUAUCGAUUUAUUAUGUGAAACCCCAAGACUCGGGUACGUUCACUUGCGCCACUCCUAGAGGAAUCACCAACAGUCUCACUUUACAAGUCGCAGCUGUGCAUUGCGACCCCAUCUCCGUGUCGGGCCCCCACCUUACCAUCCGCGUCGAAGGAACUCGUCUCGGCCAUACCGCCAUCUUCCAAUGUCCGAUGGGAUUCAAAGUUAAUGGUGCGGCUAAUCUCACCUGUCAGGCUUCGGGCAAAUGGUCAGCCCCCGUACCGACAUGCGAGCUCGUCAAAUGCGAGUCUUUGGACACCCCCGGCGGUCUCUACGAGCCCCAUUUACACCUGGAGGAACACAACAAUAGUUACGGGGGCCGCGCGGUCUUCAGCUGCGCAUGGGGCUAUCGUCUCAUGGGGCCCCCUGGCAUCGAAUGCGAGCUGAACGGCAACUGGUCGGGGCCCCUACCCAAAUGCAUCCCCAUUCAAUGCCCGCCCCCCGUGAUCCCCGUCAACGGCCACCUCAUCCAGUCGGAGGCGGCGGGCAUGGAUGGGGGCCGCUACGCCGUAGGCAGUCUCGUGCAAUUCGCCUGCAGGGGGGCUCACCAACUCGAGGGCGAAGCCAGCAUCAUCUGCACCGAGACCGGUUUUUGGUCUCAUCCGCCCCCUUUCUGCAAGCCGCGGUGCCCCUAUUUGGGAGAGCCCGACAAUGGAUUGGUGGCCCCCACGAAGUUUGCCUACGAGCCCGGAGACGAGCUCCAGAUCACGUGCAGUCCGGGGUUUGAAGCCAGGCUGGAGGCGCGGCCAAAGUGUUUACCCGACGGGAGGUGGUCGGCCCCUCUACCUAACUGCACCAACUAUUCUGAGAUUUAAUCGUUGAAUGUUUGUGAUAUGAUGGGAAAGCGGCAAGAAAUCGGCGCAAAAUUAGAGUUUGUUGCCGGUUGCUUGUUGUUUUUGAUAAUUUUAUGACUCGUCAUUAAGGAUUUUUCUGUUAUUUUUUACCAAAAGUUGUUACACAUGAUGAUCUCAUGCCGAAUACAAAUUUUUAUCAAAUUGUAGAUAUUUCUAGCGAUAGUGAAUGUAUUUACAACGAAAAUUAUGGAUAUGUAACUUAUUUGUUUUUAUG